AUGGCUACUGAAAUGGUUAAGAUGCCUAUGGAUGGCGCUGAGGAUUUUCUUAAUAAGGUGAAGGAUAAUUUGGACGAUGACUUGAGCGAGGAAGAUAAACAGCUUCGUGAUGAGUUGUAUAUGCUUUUACAACGUUUAGAAGAACCCAAUGUAAAUCUGUACGAAACUGCGUUGGAGAGUCUGAAGAACUUAAUAAAAUCUUCUACAACUUCUAUGACGUCCGUUCCGAAGCCUUUAAAGUUUCUUCGUCCGCAAUAUGCUAGGAUUAAGAAUAUUUAUGAAACUAUUCAAGACCCCAAAAUUAAGGCUCUCUGUGCUGAGGUAGUUUCUGUGGUUGGUAUGAUAACGUAUGAUAAUCCAAUCUAUAAAACUGAUACUUUGAAGUACCGAUUACUCAGUAAAAAAGAUGAUAUCGGCGUUUGGGGUCAUGAAUAUGUUCGUCUUCUCACCAAACAAAUAGUAGAGGUCUGGGACGAAUCCGAUGCAUUUGGUCAGAAUGAGACGGCUCUUGAUGCAAACCUGAAGCAAAAGGAAUACUUGGAGCUUGUAGGCAAGAUAAUUCCUUACUUAAUGGAACAUAAUGCUGAGUCUGAAGCCAUUGAUCUUUGCAUGGAGAUCGAAAAUCUGGACUUUUUGGAAAAUUUUACCACUGAAUUGAAUUUUCAACGUGUGUGUCUUUAUCUUAUAAGCUGUACUGCUUACAUUCCUGAUCCUGACAAUGUUAAGGUUCUUCGUUGUGCCGAGAACAUCUAUAGAAAGUAUAAGGAUCUUGGCAAUGCUUUGCGUUAUGCCUUGCGUCUAAAUGAUGAGUCUUUGGCUCGGUCGAUAUUUAACGAAGCUGCUUCUCUUCCAACGUCGAGAUAUGGUGCAUCCGGAACUGAUGUACGUAGACAGUUGGCCUAUUUGCUUGGAAAGCAUCAAUUUAUCGUACCUUAUGAUGAGGUUAUAGCUGAAGAGGAUGAAGACUUGGCAGAAAUGCUUGGGAAUACCCGUUUAUCUGAACACUUUUUAUCUCUCGCUAGGGAGUUGGACAUAAUGGAUCCUAAGCUGCCUGAAGAUGUUUAUAAGCAACAUUUGGAACCUACCCGCUUGACUAUGUCUUCGAUGCUUGACACUAUGCGCACUAAUACAGCUGCUUCUUAUGUUAAUGGCUUGAUCAAUUGUGGGUUCGGAAAGGAAAAAUUGAUACAGGAUGAAGCAAAAGAUGGGUCAUGGCUGUCCAGACAAAAAGAUCUUGGAAAAAUGAGUGCUGUAGCCUCGUUGGGGUGGGUUAUGCUAUGGGACGUGGACAGUGGUUUAUCCCAAAUCGACAAAUAUCUUUAUGCUGUGGAUGACCACACCCAAGCGGGUGCACUUCUUGGUUGUGGUGUGGUGAACUGUGGCGUGAAGAACGAAUGCGAUCCAGCCCUCGCCCUUCUUUCCUCUUAUGUGGAACAUCAGACUGAUGUCUUGUCCCGCGCUGCCAUUAUCGGGUUAGGAGUCGCCUAUGCAGGUUCAAACAAAGUGGAAGCCAUUAAUCACUUGGUUCCGGCCAUCCUCGAUUCUUCUUCUGGUCGUCUUCAACACGCAUGUUUGGCUUCACUUUCUGCUGGCAUGAUUGCUGUUGGUUCCAUGAAUGAGGAUGUUACGUCCACUAUUAUCCAAACCAUGUUGGAACGCCCAGCCGCUCAUUGGAAUAACACCUUCAGUAAAUUUAUGGCCUUGGGUCUGGCGCUUACUUGCUUGGGUCGACAGGAUGAGGCUGAAGUUAUUUUAGCUUCACUGGAAGCUGUCACUGAACCGAUGAAAUCUAUGGCUCACAUGAUGUGCGAUGUUUGUGCUUAUGCAUGUAGUGGGAACGUUCUAAAAAUUCAAAAACUGCUCCACAUUCUCUCGGAGAAGUAUGAAGAGAAAGCGGACAAAGCGGAUAAGGUCAAAUCUACUUCUGCAGGUGCGGAAAAGUCGAAGUCGAGAGACCACCAUCAUCAUAAAAAGGAUUCGCGUCGGACCACAGGUAAUGCCGGCAAUCGUCGGACGCGGCGUCACGCCAAUUCCACUGGUACCAAGCCAUCUACUGAGAGUAAUCAGGUGACAACAGAGGAACCAAUGCAAGUGGAUGAGCAAGCAGCUUCGUCGAAUGAUGAAGUGAAUAUUUCCACCUCUAAUCAGGGUUUUGACUAUCAUGCUCACCAAGGUCUCGCGGUUCUCGGUGUUGCCGUGAUUGCCAUGGGUGAAGAAGUUGGUCUGGAAAUGGCGUUCCGUAUGUUUGGACAUUUGCUUCGCUUUGGUGAGACGCCAAUCAAAAGGAUAGUACCUUUGGCGUUGGCUCUCUGUUACAUUUCGAAUCCUCAACUCAAAGUUUUGGAUACGCUGAGCAAGUUCAGCCACGAUUCUGACCCGGAAUUAUGCUAUAAUUCUAUUUUGGCGAUGGGUAUUGUCGGUGCUGGUACCAACAGUGCGCGUUUGGCUGCAAUGCUUCGCCAAUUAGCUGGUUAUCACUGUCGUGAUCCGUAUAAUCUCUUUUUGGUACGUCUUGCUCAGGGGCUAACACAUUUGGGGAAGGGCACUCUCACUCUCUCCCCUUGGCACUCUGAUCAUGCUCUCUUCCGUCCAGUCAGCUUGGCAGGACUCCUUACCUUGCUUGUCUCCUGCCUGGAGAUGCGAAUGACCUUUAUGGGUCGCAGCGAUUACCUCAUAUUUUACCUGACACCGGCUAUUCAGCCUCGUUUGUUGAUGACUUUUGAUAAGAACUUGAAGCCCCUUGCAGUAACCGUUCGUGUCGGCCAAGCAGUGGACGUUGUGGGUCAGGCUGGACGCCCAAAAACCAUAACCGGUUUCCAGACGCACACGACGCCUGUCCUGCUCGCCCACGGUGAGCGCGCAGAGUUAGCAACUGAUGAAUAUGUGCCUGUGACGAACUUGCCGCUCGAAGGCUUUGUCAUUCUAACGAAGAAUCCUUCCUAUGAGAAGCCAUCGAUGUAA